AGGCACACAUUAAAUUAGUUGCGAUGCCAUCGCCGGGCGACCAGCACGCGAGUGAUAACAGUGACGUGCACGUUAUCGAUAUCGAUGCCGAUAUCGAUCGGAUCAUUAACAGUAUCGAUAAUAAGAAGGAUUCCGUCGCAGUGCAGAUCGAGAAAGGAAACAUGAAUGGAAAUGGAGCAAUAUCAAAUUCAAAGCCGAAGUCGGUUAACAUUGAGGAGGUAGUCCAAAGGGCAAGGGACACAUUCGCUCGCGGCGUGACAAAACCGCUAGCAUGGCGCAAGCAACAACUAAAGAACCUCUUGCGUAUGUACGAGGAGAAUUACAAUGCCAUGGUGGAGGCCUUGCACAAGGACCUGCGGCGAUCCAAGAUGGAAGCCGUGCUGCUGGAAGUCGACUACCUUAUCAAUGACUUGAAAAGCAUGCUGCAUCAUAUUGACGAUUGGGCCAAGCCGGAACAUCCGCCAAAAGGCUUCGUGAACAUGCUGGACGAGGUGGUGAUCUACAACGACCCGUACGGCGUGGCGCUCGUGAUCGGCGCGUGGAACUACCCGCUGCAGCUGCUGCUGCUCCCCAUGGCCGGCGCCAUCGCCGCCGGCAACACCGUCAUCGUCAAGCCCAGUGAGCUGUCCGUCGCUUGCGCCAACUUCGUGGUCGAGACGCUGCCCAAAUACUUGGAUAAUGACGCAGUGCAAGUGGUAGAAGGCGGUCCAACAGAGACAACAGAACUACUCAAGCAGCGGUUCGACUACAUAUUCUACACGGGCGGCACCAACGUCGGCAAGAUCGUGCACGCCGCCGCCGCCAAGUUCCUCACGCCCGUCACGCUUGAGUUGGGUGGCAAGAGCCCAGUGUACAUCGACAGCACAGCGAACCUAGAGGUCACCGCGAAGCGUAUCCUCUGGGGCAAGUUCAUCAACUCAGGCCAGACCUGCAUCGCCCCAGACUACAUACUGUGCAGCAAGGAGAUCCAGGACAAGUUCGUAGCCGAGGCCAAGAAAGUGUUGAAAGAGUGGUACGGGGAGGACCCGCAAAAGUCACCCGAUCUAUGCAGGAUUGUGAACAGCAGGCAUUUCAGCCGCCUCCAAGCCCUAGUCGACGCCAGCCAGGACAAAAUCGCCAUCGGCGGCAAACACGACGCCCAGGAGCGGUUCAUCGCGCCCACCGUCCUCACCAACGUGACAGGAACUGACAAGAUCAUGGAGGACGAGAUCUUCGGGCCCAUCCUGCCCAUCCUGCCCGUGCAGAACGCGUAUGAAGCCAUCAAGUUCAUCAAUGAGAGGGAGCACCCCCUAGUGCUUUACGUGUUCAGCACGGAAGGCAACAUUCAGAAGUUGUUCAGGGAGCAGACCCGCUCGGGCAGUCUGGCCUACAACGACACGAUCAUGUUUUACGGCGUUGAAACGUUACCCUUCGGCGGAGUGGGUUACAGCGGCGUGGGCGCGUACCACGGCAAGGCCACGUUCGACACGUUCACACACAAGAAGAGCUGCCUCAUCAAGAACUUCUCGCCCAUUGGGGAAAAGCUCGCUUCCGGGCGCUACCCGCCGUACACCGAGGGCAAGCUGAGCUUCAUCACGGCGCUGAUGCGCAAGCGGCACGGGCCGUCGCUCGCCGCGCUGCCCUACCUGCUGUGCGUCGCGCUCGGCGCCGGCCUCACCUACGGCAUCGUGGCCUGGAACAAGGCUGUGUCUGAGGAGCUGUAGGCAGGUGGACUCUUAACAGACUCGAGAAACGAAGUACCAGGGAUAUUUGUGAUAAUAUUGUUUUUUUAAGAAAUCUAUUUACUAUUAACUAUUUUAAAUAAUGUAACUUUAUAAGUUUGCAGGCAUUCCGCUCAACUGUUGCAUUUAUGUGUUAUUUUUUGUUAUGUAUUUUUUACUGUGUUUGGGUAUACAAACGUAAUGAUGUGAUCACCAAUCUGCAAGAAAAGAAUUAAGGUUAAAAGAACUAGCAAGUCUUUCUAUGAAAUGAAGUUGAAAAGAUACUUCCGCGCGUAGAUAUAAUUACAGGUUACCGGCGUUUAUAAUAUAGUUGAAUCGACACAGCGCCUACACAUAUAUUAAUUAGUCGGAUCAAAGGAGAUUCGAAGAUUCGAACGAAUCGGUAAUCGUAUCGUUACGUCCGUACACCCGACUUAAGCCCAUCCUGACUUGUCGAUACAGUAUUUCUUCUUGAUUGAAUCAGGUGUUAGUAAUCCAGGUACUCCUUACUGCCAAGUCCGGAUAGAGCCAGAAUCAUUGUCUUUAUUAACACUCUUGCCAUCUGCUACAAUAAUAAUUUUAUAUUGAUAUUUGGGCACAAAAUGUUCUUACUUAUGGGUUGAUACUGAUCUAAUUUAUGAGUAAUAUACCCUAUAAAAUGUUAUAUAAUUUUUAUUCUAAAUCUAAGUCACUAUUCCCCUAGCGAAGUUACGUUAAUGUACAAAAAUUGAUUGGUGAUGGUUUUUGAAGAUUUGUGUUGCCUACCGCCUACCUUUGAAAUAAAUAAUUCUUACAAUUAGUAGGACUAGAAGCGAUGUACGCGUACCAAUGAUUUAAUACCUCAUUAAGAGGUUAGAUUUUUAACUGUGUGAUUUUGGUUGGGAAGUGUAGGGCGCUCAAAAUAAAUUCGGUACCUAGGUACCUAAUAAAAAACCCAAUUGAGAAAAAAAACGUUUUAUUUUUAGCUCCUCGCAUCCCCGUUCUCGGUGCACGCGCGGCAAAGAUAUUAUGUUUGAAACAUUGGCAGUCCGGUACACACUAUAUGACUGACAUAAAACAUUCUUCCCUCUCGCACUUACAUACUUUACCAUAGGAAGAAUCAAGAAAAGCGGGUGCUACAAUGUCAGACAUAUUUUUAUACGAUUUCUUCUACUUUGUUAGUAGGAUAUAGACAUGACAAUGAAAAGGCUGUAUAUUUUUAUUGGUUGUAUAAAUUACGUUGUAAGCUCAUUUGGGAUUCCAAGAACCACAAAUUGUUUAUAUUUAUAUUAUUUAUACCAUCGUAAAAGUUUGAUUAAAAUCUUUUUACCGAUUACACCAUACGUAACACUUGUACAAACUAUUACGAUAUUUGGUAGGUAUUAAUGUUUAUAACAGCAAAUAGCUUAACCUGACGGAAUGUACCAUAUAGAAGAAAUAACACAUCAUUAAAGUGCUUUAUAAGUGAAA